AUGCCUCCUGAGCUGCCCAAAAAAUGGCCACUGUUAGGUAUCGACAGGAUCAGAGAGCUGUGGCAGUCCAACGCAGACGGCCAUCUCUUGGAAUUCCUCUGUUCCAUUGCCCAGGACUAUGAUGGCAGAAACAAUCUUUGCCAAUACCUCCUGUUCGGGCCACGAGCGUAUCAUAUUCUUCAUCCUGCCAAUGUGGAGUCUUUGCUAUCUACGAAUUUCAAAGACUACGGUUUUGGAUGCAGGCCGGCAGUCUUUGCGCCUUUACUUGGCAACGGCAUCUUCACUCAGGAGGGCAGUGCGUGGAGGUACUCAAGAGAACUACUUCGCAAACAAUUCGUCCAGGCGAAGUAUCAGAACCUCGAGUCAUCUUUCGCCGAGCAUGUGGAUAACCUCAUUUUGUCCAUGCCACCAAGUGGCGUGGUCGAUCUGCAGCCCCUCUUCUCCAGCCUGACACUAGACACCUCAACAGCGCUAUUGUUUGGGCGGUCGGUCUACAGCCUCAGAGCUAGCAUCGAUCAGGCCGCGGAGAACAAGGUGUUCGCAGAGAGCUUUGAGAUUGCCCAAGAAGGACUUGCAAAGCGGUUCCGAAUUGCGCCCUUCCACUUUUUCUACAACCCACCUGGCUUCCGCCGCGCGUGCCGAAACGAAUAA